AUGGACCCAUUGCAGCCCCAGUACGACUUCCAUAACACCUAUCCACAUGACCUGAAGCAGCAGCCAUCUCCCAGAUUGACAGACCUUUCCCAAGAGUCCACGCCUUUUUACAGCUCUAGCACUACUGAUUAUGUAGAUGCCGGGCCAUCCGCAUGCAGUACGCCCCUUUCGUCUGUUCCGACAGAGAUUAUAAUCGAUCCGGCCAUGUCCCAAGUGGAAAUAUGCCCGAAUGAUGAAUUUACGGGAUGCGCGGCCUCUAAUGGUCCCCCCCAAGGAACAAUAAGUUUUCAGAAAGAUCAAGCGAACGUGUGUGACUCUCUCUCUGUCACUUCGAAUACUGCGAACGAAUGCGGUAGGACUAAUAUUAAUGAUCCUAUGAAUGUUGAUGCGCCAUCUCAGGAAAUACCAGCUGGUAAAGCCAACCAGGCUCCGGAAGAUGUAAUCCAACCUAGCCAGACAGAUAACAGGAAAGAAUCUAUUACUAGAGUCCCUCAACAAGACAACCAUGGCCAACAAGGCCCUGACAGGACUCUUUCUUUGGACCAAGAAGGUGUCGAGUUCGAUGUUGAGGAAUUGGUGGCCAAGGGGCGCAUCGGAAAGCGAGUUUGGUACCAGGUUAAGUGGAAGGGCUAUCCUGAGAGUGAUAAUAGCUGGGUGAAAAAGAAGGACAUCGGCACAGGAGCCAUAGGCUUUUAUGAAGCCAAGCAUCCCCAUGGACAGGGCGCUUUUUGCUUCGAGAGAAUUGUCUCAAAGCAGGUUGUGGGGGGGACCGUCCUCUAUGAGGUGAAGUGGCAAGGGCAACAAGAUUCUGAGAAUAUUUGGGUCGAUAAGUGGGAUCUUGGCGCCAAGGUCAUUUUGGCGUUCGAGACCAGCGAGUUUACAUAA